AAUCGCAGUCGACUAAAAUCAUCGUUCCAUUUCAUUCAUACAAAAUUGUGCCCACACACACACGAGACAAAGCGAGCACCACCAACAACACAAACAUUAUGUUGCACAUGAUAACGGCACCCCUAAAUAUCGAUCGAUAUCGUAAAUUGUAUGCUGCUGGAAGCGUGUGCUCGAAGGGUGUAGUUACUGAGUCGACGCAAUUGAACAUUCGCGCAUUUCGGAGGGGAACGUUUUUCUUCUCGUUCGAAAUUCAACAUCACAAAAAAAAAACCUCAGUGUCGAUAAUACCAGCAUUGGAUUUUGAUUAAAUUUUUGGCAAAAACGAUAAAUUUACAACGAGAAACUCUCUGAAUGUACACAAAUUUCUGAAGGAAAGAAAAAAACACAAAAAUUAAAAUUAGUUCCGGUCCAUUAAACUGAUGGAAAUGCGAUAAUUGAUACGUGAACAGCUACAGCCGAUUUAUUGGUGUUUUGUUUUCUGCAUGAAAAAGUGAUUGUUAUCGAGAAAAAAACGGGUAUUCGAUUGUGAGACUAUCAACUCUUUUGGUUGGAGAAAAUGGCUGGUUAUCGUCAAAAUUCCGACGGUAAUCGAGACUACAUUGGUUUCGCCACAUUACCGGAACAAGUUCACAGAAAAUCUGUGAAACGGGGCUUCGAAUUCACAUUGAUGGUAGUCGGCGAGUCGGGGCUCGGUAAAAGCACAUUAGUCAACAGUUUAUUUUUGGGUGAUUUAUACAAAAAUCGAGUGGUACCCAGUGCACUGGAGAGGAUUGACAAAACAACGAAAAUCGAAAAGAAGACCAUGGACAUCGAAGAGCGAGGAAUUCGGCUCCGGCUGAGUAUUGUCGAUACACCAGGCUUUGGUGAUGCAGUAAAUUCAGAAGAUUCGUUCAGAGUGUGCACUUCCUACAUUGAAGAACAAUUCCGGCAAUACUUUACUGACGAGAGCGGACUUAACAGAAGGAAUAUACAAGAUAAUCGUGUACAUUGUUGUCUUUACUUCGUACCACCGUACGGACACAGUUUGCGACAAAUGGACCUAGAUCUAAUACGAAGGUUGCACAAAAAAGUGAACAUAGUCCUUGUGAUUGGUAAAGCUGACGCCCUAACAACGACAGAAAUACGAAAGCUGAAGGAGAGCAUUUUACAGGACCUUGAAAAUCAAAAUAUUCAAUUGUACCAAUUUCCAGAAUGUGAUUCCGAUGAAGACGAAGACUUCAAGCAGCAAGACCGUGAGCUUAAAGCAUCGAUUCCAUUUGCUGUUGUCGGUAGUAAUACCAUUAUUGAAGUUGCCGGUAAAAAGGUUCGAGGACGACAGUAUCCAUGGGGUGUAGUUGACGUGGAAAAUCCGAAUCACAGCGACUUCAUCAAACUACGCACAAUGUUGAUUUCGACACAUAUGCAAGACCUGAAGGAUACCACACAGGACGUGCAUUAUGAGAAUUUCCGGGCACAAUGUAUAUCUCAGAUUUCACAGCAUGCGCUUAGGGAACGAGCGGAACGAGGUAAAUUAAAGCGAGAGUCUAUAUCGUCACAUAACGAUACAAGUAUCACAGAAACGGACAGACUUCUGUUACAGAAAGAUGAAGAGAUUCGGCGCAUGCAAGACAUGUUAACGCAAAUGCAAGAAAAACUCAAAGCAACUGCGAUAAUGGAGCUAAAAACGACGAACGACAACGUUAUAGAUGUGUAAACGAUUUCUACAGCAUAAAGUGAGAGACUCAUCAGUUUAAUAUAGCUCAAAAUAUAAAUUGUGCAGAAAAGAUUUAUUAUAUUAAAUGUGUCUGAGUGUAACAGUGAAGAAGAUCAAGAUUUGUAAUCAAUUUAAAAACAAAAACCAAAAAAAAAACUAAAAUCAAAUUUAUGUUAAUUUAUUAAAUUAAUUAGAAAUUGGUAAAUUUUAUUUAUUUAUUAUGAAUAACAACGUCUGAUAGACUGUAGCACAAUGGGGUUCUCUUUUUAUAUAAAUAUUUUUUAAUCGAAUCAUUUCUUUCAAAGAAAAGAAUUUUCCACAUUAUAUAUAGUAACCAACAAAAAGAGAAAAAAAAAUGGAAAUUGAAAAUAUGACCAUCAUCUAUGUAAAUCGGCCGUAAUAUAGUUGAACGAUAGAAAGUGGCAUGUACACAAAAUUAAUGAUUUUGUUUAUUUUUCUGAUUUAAAUAAAGUCUCAGAAAAUGCA